CGCUCACAGGUACCGCCAACACGCGAUCGCGUUUCUGGUUUUUUUUUUUUUUUUUUUGGCCGCAUUGCUGCAACAGUCGCAGUCAGCCGGAUACGUAAACAAUCGCUUCAAUACGCCCGAGAAUUCACGGCCGGAAAGGACGUACUCGCAAUCUCCCUUGUUUUAUCAUACUUGCUGUUAAAUUGUCUGCACCUCACCUGGCUUACUCGAUUAUAUCUGCAUCGGAAUAUUUACCAGAGACGCGUGCCAUUGCGCGGGUAAUAUUGUUGCCUGUGAAUUGUCACGCUUCUCGCAGGCGGAAGAAAAAUAACCAAUCCACUGACUACCCGCUCCUCAUCAUGGACGACCGCCAAGGUGAUGAAAAUAUGCAAGACCUGCUACAAGAUCUGAUUACUGCAUCCAAGAUCCCGGCCAAACGUCGAGGUUUGCCGAUCAAGCCUACGGUUGAAAGGCUUACCUCAUUGUCUUACGACAGGGGUGCUCUGCCGGAUGAGCUCCAGGCUCUAGUUGAGCUGGUCACCACUCCGAACCGUCUGGAUCAGGCAUCUCUGGGUGCAAUUGUCAGAAAUCUCUACCCCAUUGGCAAGGUACCCGACCAGGUAGUCCUCAGCAUUGUGGGAGCACUCGGCCAUGGCCAACUUAGGCCAUCCUUGACUAUCCAAUCGCUGCUACUGAGAUGGCUGAUAAUGGUCUAUCACUUCCUCGAAAGCCGGGGGGUCCUGUCUAAGUGCUACUCGGUCCUAUUUAACCUACUCGACACCGCAACCAUUAGGCCCCAAAUAUGCCAUAUUCUUGCAUUGGCCACACGUCGCAGACAUGUCAGGCCUUACAGGAUACAAGCAAUCCUUGACUUCUCCCGCCAAACAGGCCAUGAUCCAUCUCUUGUGGGUCUCUUGAGGGUUUAUAAGAACUACUACCCUGAUGUCAUUGUUGGUGAUGCGACCAGGGGCAAGGCAUCCCCAUUCAAGUAUCCCGAUACUGAAUGGCGCAAACGCCUUGAAGAGAUUCAAAUAGCCCAUCACCGCCAGCACAAAGAUCAUGACUUGGCGCACGGCGCCACUCGAGAUGGUUUUAGUGUCAAACAUCGCUUCGGGGUGCAAGGGGGCCUACUGCCUUCUGUACAAACUUCUCAUGCAAAUGAAGAGUCUGUAACACUGGAUGAGAUUGACAGUGCGUCCCAAUUUGUCAAGCAUCUUGAAAAGAUUGAGCUGCCAAACCAGCUCGUAGCUGUCAUGGCAGACCCCUUACUACAGAAGCUCUUGUUACUCAGGCCAGAUGCCGGUGCAGACGCCCGUAUAGCCGACUGGCUAGAGGCCUGCAUUAGUGACGCCGAGGAGAAUGCCUUUGUCGACGGUGGCAGUGCACUGCUUGAUCUUCUCGAAGUGGUCAGGGACCAUGCCGAUCAUACUAAACUGCUUCAUCAAGUAUAUGACGACUUGAUGCGCAAAAUAUAUCCAGUCUGGAACGGUAAGGAUAGGAUAGAUGUUGUACUGGCCACCCUCACACAUGUCCCAGUUCAGUCUUUUGGCCAGUUGCACAAGAGGCAUCUCGCGUUUGUGGAGAACAAGACUGCAAACAGCUCGCCGGAAUCCCAAGUUUUGCUCCUCGACUUCUAUAAUAAUCUGCUUCAGCGCUGGGCCGUUUCACUACUCUCAAGGGACACCGGAGCCCCAGUCACCAAGGGUGCGCCAGGGGCUAUAGCAGCCCUUGUCACCCAUGUCGGCCAGCUCAGCUCAACUUUACUACAGGCAAAUCCGACUGUAGCUUCAUGCGUCUCCAUUCUUUCCUUUUACAACCAGGUGGCAAGGCUGUUUGCUCGACCCCAACUCAUGGAGCAUAUCCCAAUCUCAGCCCCAGGCCCAUCGCUGAUUUACAACCUGGCUUUCUCCGAUUCACCUGCCAUUUUCUCCAUCCUCUGCAACGUUCUCGCUUGUUACAAGCGUGGCCUUGAAGUUGCGACGGCUACAGCCGGCUCCAGCCAAAGGCGCAAGGUCACCCGCCAAGAGCGAGAACACGUACUGGUGUUCAACAGCUUCUUUAUGGAUAUAUGUAACCUCGUCUGGCGCGGGCGUGCAUUCGAAAAGCAAGGCGACAACGCACGGGGAUGUAUGCUGGAAGACGACGUCAUUGCGACUUUGGAAGACUGGGCCGCCAGUCAGGAAGGUGGUGAUAGAAAGGCGUUGAGGAAUAUGUAUGGAAUCAGCCGGGCUCCGGUAUUGUGCUCUCUGUCAGCCGAGUUCUUCCGGGGCCUAGAGGAGGCUGAGCUGAGCUCCGGUGGCGUAAGCAACAGUGAACCGGCCCUGCUGGUAAGACACGCUGGGCCCGUCUCCCAGCAAAGCCUUGCUCAACUCAAACGAGAUGGAGGUUUGGAUGUCUCUUGGCAGGAAUAUCGACUGGGGGUUUUGAAUGAGCUGGGAAAUCAGGGGCUCGGGGGCUUGCCUGCGCUCUUGUUCCAGGCCAUCAAAAGCCUUGGACAACAGGCCGCAAGCCAAAGUCAAAACCAAGAGGUCUCAUAGGGAUAGGGCCGGUCUACGCAUUGCCUUUUUGCUCUGGGAUCUCUGGUUUGUAAAAGAUUUUUCAUAUUUCUUUUUGGCGCAUCAUAGCGCCUAUCUGGCUAUCCAUGUUGUUGAAAUGACGACGCUUGGACUGCACGUUAAAGCGCAACUAAUACCACAACGCCGUCCCAGAUGCAUCCAUGUCUUUUGUCUAUCCCGAUGAGGGGUUCCCUGUAUUGCAAAUAUCACCCAUAAGACCGGCCCUAUGAGCGAAUGCUCUCUGUGCGAUGUUGAACGCCUUCCCGCCAAUGAAAACUAGACCAACAAAGGGAAACAAAGCAAGAAAACUCAACAGGAUAAAAUUCGGAAGAAGAGUAGCGCAACCCGACAGAGACAAAGAGUCAGCAGAAUCACCGCAACUGUGAUCCUCCGUCCCAUGCAUCAAUCGAAACCUUACUGCCCCUUGGGCGGUGCCUUGGGCUCGUAUCCGUAUCCGCCGAGCUCGAUCCCGCCGGCACCAUACGACUUGCCCUCGGGAGCCCUCUUGUGCUGGCUCCUCGGACCGCGGUCCUUGAGGUCUUCCCGCAGCCAGCCCAGGACCAGGUGGCCGAGCUGGCUAUUGCCGUCCUUGGAGGCACCCUGGGCCUCGAGAAAGUCGGCGGCGGGACCCCACUCCUUGACGGUGCCGAGGUGCAUGUGCACCAAGUGGGUGGGCCAAGCAUGCAGGUUGUCGAGAAUGUGGGUGGCGUAGACGACGGUGGCGUCGCGGGACUCGGUCUCGCGCUUGAGCCAGUCGAGGAAGCCCGAACGAGACAGCACGUCGAGGUCGACCGUGAUCUCGUCGAGCAGCAGCACCGUCCACGGCCGCACCAGGCCCAUGGCCAGCUGGACGCG